AUGUCAAUCUCCAAGCUCGCCGCGUCGCGAAUCUCACGCAGCGCACGCGUGUCCGUCACCGGCCGGCACGGACUCCAAGCAUGCCUGCAGCUGCGGACCAAGACAACGGCGCCGUUCCGUCUCCCCGACGAGCGCAAUGAGCCCAACCUUGACUACCGUCGCGGCUCUCCCGAGCGCAAAAAGGUCGAGGAGGCGCUCGCCCGCAUGCGCGCCUCCCUCCCGCUCAAGAGCCAGGUUCACUUCAGCGGGCGCGCCCAAGAGGCGCCUCACUCCCUCGACCAGGUGCUCCCCGCGGAACACGGCACGGUCUUCACGAACUACCCGCUCGCCUCGCGCGCGCAGGUCGCCGACGCCAUCGCCGCCGCGCUCGCGGCCAAGCGCGGCUGGGAGGACACGCCGUUCGUGGACCGCGCCGCCGUCUUCCUCCGCGCCGCGGAGCUCGUCGCCGGCAAGUACCGGUACGAGCUCGUCGCCGCGACGAUGCUCGGCCAGGGCAAGAACGUGUGGCAGGCGGAGAUCGACGCCGCCGCCGAGCUGGCCGACUUUUUCAGGCUGCACUGCAACUACGCCGCCGACAUCCUGGGGAGGCAGCCGACGCGCGGAUCGGACGGUAUCUGGACACGCACCGAGUACCGUCCUCUCGAGGGAUUCGUCUACGCCGUCUCGCCGUUCAAUUUCACGGCCCUGGGCGGCAGCCUCGUCUCGGCACCCGCUCUCAUGGGCAAUGUCGUGCUGUGGAAGCCCUCCCAGUACAACAUUCACGCAAGCGCGCUCGUCUACAAGAUCCUUCUCGAGGCGGGGCUGCCCCAGGACGUGAUUCAGUUCGUCCCGGGUGACGCCGUCGAAGUCACGGACGAGGUCCUCGCGCACCGCGACUUUGCAGGCCUCAACUUCAUCGGCUCUUCAGACGUGUUCCGGUCCAUAUACGCCAGGAUCGGACAGGGCAUCGGGGACAAGACGUACCGCGAGUUCCCCCGCGUCGUCGGCGAGACGAGCGGCAAGAAUUUCCAUCUGCUGCAUCCGUCCGCCGACAUCUCUAGCGCCGUGAACCAUACCAUUCGCGGCGCCUUUGAAUACCAGGGACAAAAGUGCUCAGCGACGUCGCGGGUAUACGUGCCACAGUCUCGCGCCCAAGAGUUCAUCUCGGGCCUCAAGGCUGGUGUCGAAAAGAUUACCAUCGGAAGCCCGGUAAAGGACUUUGAGUCGUUCAUGGGGCCCGUGAUCCACAAGAACUCUUUCGACAAGAUCACGUCUAUUAUUGACGCUGCCAACAAGGACCCGUCACUGAAGCUGCUGGCCGGCGGCACGUACGACGGUUCGGUCGGCUACUACGUGAACCCCACCGUUUACCAAGCGCAGUCUCCGGACCACGAGCUCUUCAACCAAGAGAUCUUCGGCCCCGUGCUUGCAAUAUACGUGUACAAGGAUGAGGAUUGGAGCUCGAUGCUAAGGAGCGUGGACGAGAACGGCGGCGGGCUCGCGCUUACGGGCGCCGUCUUUGCCACGGAUCGCAAGGCCAUCAGAGAAGCAGAAGAUGCUCUCCGCUACUCGUCUGGAAACUUUUACAUCAACUGCAAGACCACGGCGGCCCUCAUCGGCCAGCAGACGUUUGGUGGUGCUCGGGCGAGCGGCACCAACGACAAAGCGGGCAGCCCGGACGUGUUGAGGCGGUUUACGAGUCCGCGGACCAUCAAGGAGGAGUUUGGUUCCCUCGACCAUUUCACGUAUCCAAGUAAUGAGUAG